AUGCACUAACAUCGUCACUGUCUGCCCGUCGUCACCACCUCCCACUACCUCGUACUUCGCACGUACCUACCAGCGAACCUCACCGCCGGCAAAACGACGGCCGCAUCCCGACGACCACACCAUCCACGCCAAGCGCCCAUUGACAGUCACGCCUCGACUGCCGUGACCCUUCCCUCCCGACAAAGGGCAUUCACACGGGCCGCCGACGACUUGGGCCAGCAGCUGCUGCUGCAACAGCUCACCAUGUCUUCAUCCCUCCCCGCGGAGCUGGCCGCCACGGUCCAGGCUGGCCACAUCCGGACCGACCCUGACCCCAGGCUCGACUUGGCCCCGUCUACCGCCGCCGAGAAGAGAGUGCCCGUCACUCUGGAGAGCUCCCGGUACAGUGACAUGGGCGACGCGCUACCCGACAUCGACGACGGCGUCGAUGACGAGGACGAGGACGAGGACGAAGAGGACGAGAUUCCCUACAGCGUUCUCCGCCCCGCCCCGCGGAAGCACAACCUCCCGCCCCUGCCCGACUUGCGCUUCGAGCAGAGCUAUCUCCACAGCAUAGCAAAUGCCGACACCUGGUGGAAGGUGUCGUUGAUUACGAUGCGAGAUCAGGUCGUCAUGCCCCUAGCUCAAGGCCUGAUAUACAACCUUCUCCUCUGUGGUUGGCAACAUUGGAAUCGCAACGCGAGGUUACACGGCAACACAGUGGGCGCCAGGGUGCGAAGGUGGUGGUACGGUGUCAAUAAAUGGGCAAUACCAAAUCAGAGGAGCAGAUUCUCAUAACCAGCCAACACCUGAAAUGGUGUCGCGGGGUGCGUCUGUAUUGCUUCUCUGUCAUGUUACAUAGGACGCCAUCAACAUGACCGCCGGCAUGAAUGUUGCCAGCGGCGCCAUGUUGCAAUAUCCACGGGCAGUAAGGGCUCCAUAUACCCUUGCGAUGGUCCAAAGCAGCCCUCCCCAGCCUCGGACGAGUUUACGCGUGCAAAGCCCCUGUGUCCCCCCAAAGUGACACCUCCAACGCGUUCUCGAAAGCGAGACCCUCUAUACCGUACCGUACGCCAUCGUCCUGAGACCCAACUCCAAAGCCAUCAUCAGUACCAUUACAUUUACUCC